UUCGCGAUUGCUUUUUGCGCCUCUAGCUUUGCUUGGCUUGAUGCAGCCCGUGCUUCCAUGGAGAGGCCGCCAUGUCGAGCGCCAGUCGGGGGAAAGCUGUGGCCAGGGCAGAUUGCGCAAAGAGCUGCACAACCGCAAGAGCCGCCAUGGCGCUCGCGGAUGGCCCCGCUUUUGCCUACAGUGGCCUUGGCUGUAGGGUGCAACCCGCGGUGCCGAACUGGGCGAACCCAGCGCGGGGAAUCGCGGUCGCGGGAUGAGAAGCCGCAAGCAGAUGGCACCGGAGUGCUGAUGUUGGACUUGCUUCUAGACGGUUUACCCCGCGGGCACAUGGUGGAGGCCUUUGGCCCUCCUCAGGCCGGCAAGACAUCUUUGGCGCUGGCCUGGGCUGAGGGCGCUUGUCGCCAGGGCCGGCAGUGCUUCUUCAUGGACUUGGACCGCACCCUGGAUCAUGAGCUUGCACCGGCGCAGAUGGUGGUGCUGGAGCCGAAAUCUGCAGAGGAGGCGGUUCGCAUGGCCGAGGAUAUUGCAAAAUCCUCCUCCAGCCUCAUUGUGAUCGAUAGCAUUGCCAACUUGGUGCCGGAGAAAGAGCUGGCGGGCGAUAUGAAGCUGCAAUACAGUGACGUUUCGAGGCUGACAAGCAUUUUCUGCCGCAAGAUGGAACGGUUUUUGCCUCAGAGUGGUGCCACCAUCCUCUUCAUCAAUCAUUUCAGAUCGCAAUCUUCCUUCGAUACAGUGUCUGGGCUCACUUGCGGAGGCAAUGCCUUGGCGUACCGCUCCAGCAUUCGUCUCUGCAUCCAGCAGCUUGCGCUGCUGGGAGCUGAGGAGCAUCCGCACGGAGCGCGGUGCCACGUGGAGGUGCUGAAGAAUAAAGUCUCUGCGCAUUUGGGCGGUGCAGACUUCGACCUGGUCUUCGGGGAGGGCAUCUCUUGGGAGGGGAGCGUGCUGGAUGCUACGCGCAAGCUGAAAUUGCCCGGGUUUGAUGGAGAGCGGGAGGAGCUGGUGGCUGAUUUGCUGAAAGCCCCGGAGGCAUGUGACAAGCUGGCGGAGGACUGCAGGGAGUCCUGGGCAUUACGGUGCCAGUCCAAGACUUCCCCGGCAAAGGCUUCGCCGUCCUAAUUUGGAAUUCGAGCAUGUGAGCCUGCUGCAGUAUGCCUCAUGACCUGCGGGCCUGCCAAUGCCUUUGC